GAAGGAGGAGUGACUCAACCAUCAGUAAGUUCAAAACAUAGGAUAGAUUGUCAUUCGUUUUGAUUAUAGAAGGAGCUCUUGCAAUUUGAUUGAAAUCAUCGACUCAGGAUUGAGCUCUUUUCCCAUUUUUAGAAAUUACCUCUUACGAGACAAUUGACGAAGCAUGUUGUAACCCGAUGGUAUCGUGCGCCUGAAUUGAUUCUGAUUCAACCAUAUACGACAGCUGUAGAUGUUUGGAGUCUAGGGUGCAUUUUUGCCGAAUUAUUGAGUAUGCAAGAGGGAAGUGUCCCUGGUUAUCAAGAUCGAACUCCACUGUUUCCCGGUGGAGCCUGUUAUCCACUUUCUGGUGAUGCCGACAAUGUGGGACGACUCGAUCAGUUGAAUGUGAUUUUUAAUGUUAUUGGAACACCAUCAAAUGAAGACAUUGCUUCGCUCGGCAAGGCUAACGAAUAUAUAAAAACAUUGAAACCCAUCAAACCUAAGAGCCUGGAAGAUAUAUACCCAGCAGCAGAUUCACACGCUUUGGACUUGCUGCACAGGAUGCUUAAAUUCAAUCCAAAGGAACGGUGUACAGCCGAGGAAGCUCUGAAUCAUAUAUUUUUUUCUGGAAUCCGUCGGGAAGARAUGGAGACCUCGGUUGGAAAGCCCAUGGAGAGCCCAGAAUUCUUGAAUGAACAGGAAAUUGACAUCGAGGUUCUGAAGCAGAAGGUUUACAACGAAGUUUUGUGGUUUCGAGAUAAUCAACGACAUCUAGAUGCCUCGAUCCAAACGAUACGAGCUGACCAGCAGAGAGACACGGAGUGAGAGCGUCCCGGAGAKCCAUGUUAUCAUGAUMGAUGAGAUCUGCUACCGGCAAUGCCAACUCGUGACCCAAUCGAUUGCUCGCUUGUCGGCUAAUCCUUGCGAUGAACUGAAUCAAUGAGAAUUGCCCCC